UAUUAAUUAUGCUGCUUCUAAGCAAAAUAUCCAGAUUAUGUUUCAUCCCAACAUACGGCUGCAAAUUUGUACUCAAAAAAGACUGGAAGCUCAUAAAGGACAAUACCAAUUGGGCAGCUUAUAUGGAUGAUCUCAAUAUCAACUCAGAGACCUUUUAUCACUCAAGCAGCAAAGACUUACUUAAAGCAGUCAGAGAAAACCCUGAUAAUGAGUUUUAUGCAAAAUCAAUAGGACAACUUCUUUAUCAUAUGGGAAAGGAUGGGGAAUACGAUGAGAUAGUAAUUAAAAAGAUAGAAAAAUGUCUUUACAAAUUCAAAGGUGAAUUUCCAUCCAGAUUAGCAUUUGGGGCUCUAUAUGGAUUUAUAUCCCUUUCAAUUGAUAAUCAAUACUUACAUGAUUUCUUUGAUGCUGAAUUUCGUAUGCAUCCUAAAUCUAAGAAAAAAUGGUAUGAAGCACUUGAAUUAAUCGAAGCUUGUGGCAAAAAUAAAAAUUUGUAAAGAAAAUAUCUAUUUGAUUUGAUGAGAUCCUAAUGCCACAAUGUUCUUGUUAAAGAGUAUAAAAAAAGUCUAAAAUAUCAACCUGGCUAGUAAUUUAGAAUAUUGAAGGCUUGCAUAAGUGCCAAAUAUUUCGAACCUGACUUGUUUGAUCCUGUAGUGAAAGACAUAGUUAGAUAACAAAAAAUAUCUAGAUUACCAGACUUGAUUAAAUUGCUAGAUAUUCUUAUCAAACUUCAAACUGAAGGUGAUUUCCCAAGAUCAAUCCAAGCAGAAAUCGAUCAUCUUAUUAAUAGAUUGAAAACUACACCCAAAUUUUCUUGGUUAUACAAUGUAGAUGAAAGACGUUAUAGAACUAUGGAAGAAUUAAAAGCAAUCAGAGAAAAUGCACCUCAAUAAUUCAUAGGAAAUCAUCUUUAUUAACCAGAAAUAUUAGAAUAAUAUUUGAAAUAAAAGGCUUUAGGAAAUGAUGAAGCAGUUUAAAGAGAAAAGAGAUUGAUUCAAGAGAAAUAAUUGGAUGAUUUAUUGUAUGAUGAAUUCAUGCUCAAUAAGGUGGAAUAAUAGAGAAAUAGAGAACAACUAAAAAAGGAAUAGAGAAAAGGUAUGAAAGAUGAGGAUGGUGAAGAUGAAGAUGCAGAAAUUGAUAAGGAAUUAACAGAAGAGGAAAAGAAGGACUGUAACUUAUUAAUAUAUAAAAUAUCAUAGUACUUACUGACUUUUAGAAGAAGCACUUUGAAUCUUUAGAUAUGGAUACUGUUAAUCCAGAUGAUCUUCCAAAAGAAUGGUUUAUGGAUAAUAGCUAGUCAUAAGAUAAUGAAUUUGAUGAAAUGGAUGAAAGAAUUCAAUAAGCAGCCCAAGAAAAAUCCCAAUAAGCCAAGAAUAAAGAGUUUAAGAAGAGAAAGGGAAGAAGUGGAAAAGGAGAUAUUUUUGAUGCAAUAGAGUGAAUU